GAUUUGUGUAGGUUUCUUUGUAGUGAGCGCAGCACUAAUGUUGACCAAAAACCAUCAUGGGCAGUAUGUGUCUUUACUGUUAGUAAGUAAAUAGAUGGGAGCUGGUGCUGUGGUUGCACCAGGACUUUUAAGCUGUGGGAGAAUAAUCUGGUGUUGAACUGGGCUGGUGGAAAGCGUUGAUGAUGUAAACAGCAGGCUCUCUCAAAGGUCGCCCGAGGCAUGCUAAUAAGCUGCUUGUCCUGCAGGGAUAAAAAGGGCUGAGGAGCUUCAGUCAGUGGGGAAAACAUCACCUUUACUGUGGGCAGGAGAAAAGCUGGACAUAAUGCUCUUCUGGCACUCUCAACCAGAAACAUAUGAGCAAAGGACACAGGCCAGUUCUAUACGAGAAGCACUAGCGCCCUUCAUGAAGCAUGAGACCGAGGGGCCAUCUGCUGAAAACACGACUCCCUUGGCCCCCUUUCAGUAUGUUCUCUGUGCAGCCACAUCCCCUGCAGCCAAACUUCAAGAUGAAACGCUCACCUACCUAAACCAAGGUCAGUCCUAUGAAAUCCGUAUGCUUAACAGAAAACUAAGGGCGUAUUCACAUAUAAGCAGCAAAUGUGUAAAGAGCAUUGUGCGUGUAGUGUUUCAUGACCGGCGUCUGCAGUACACUGAGCGCAUGCAGCUGGAGGGAUGGAGGUGGAACCGGCCAGGAGACAGAAUUCUUGAUAUCGAUAUUCCCCUCUCAGUGGGGAUAAUAGAGCCUUGUGCACACCCACUGCAACUCAACACCAUUGAAUUUCUCUGGAAUCCUGUCAAAAAUGCCUCAGUAUUCAUUCAGGUAAACUGCAUCAGCACUGAGUUUACACUCAGGAAACACGGCGGAGAGAAAGGAGUUCCCUUCCGUAUUCAGGUGGAUACUUUCACGCAGAAUGAGCAUGGAGAAUACCUGGAGCAUGUGCACUCCUCCAGCUGCCAAAUCAAAGUCUUCAAGCCAAAGGGAGCAGAUCGCAAACUGAAGACAGACAGAGAGAAGAUUGAGAAGAAGAAUCUUCUAGACAGGGAAAAAUAUCAACCAUCCUAUGAAACCACUAUACUCACAGAGUGCUCUCCCUGGCCUGAUAGCCCAUCCAUCAAUGACUUGAGCAAUGGUCCGUCAGCUGUGUGUCAUAGCUCAACCACUUCAUACGGCUUCACAGACACAUAUUGCUCUCCAAACCAGCAGGGGGUGCUACUCCUGCCCAGCUGCUCUGAUCCGCUUCUGCCAUCUUUUUCCCCUCAGGAAACACAGGAGUGGCUCCAUAGGAACAGAUUUGCUCCAUUCUGUAGGCUCUUCUUCAGAUUCUCAGGUGCUGAUUUGCUGAGGAUGAGUAGAGAUGACUUCAUUCAGAUUUGUGGUCCUGCGGAUGGGAUCCGCCUGUUUAACAACAUUAAAGGGAGGUGUAUACAGCCACGCCUCACCAUGUACGUGACCCAACAGAAGAACAAGAAUCAGCCACACAAUAAGCCAGGGGGUGAUGAGGUGUACCAUGCUCUCUACCUGGAAGACUUAACCCUACUUGAGCUUACUGAGAAAAUAGCCAACCUAUACAGUGUUCCUGCAAGACAAAUCUGCCAUAUCUACAAGCAAGGGCCAACAGGCAUACAUAUCCUUGUUUCAGAUGAGAUGGUGCAGAAUUUCACUGAGGAGACUAGCUUCAUAAUCAGCACUCUAAAAGUGAUGACAGAUGAAAGUAACGAGGGGUACCAUGUAGUACUGAAGUGAAGUGUGAAGUUAACAGCUACAGGAGCAUUUCAGGUGGCUCUUUUUUUACAAACAGGUUUACAGUUGGGAUAUUUGAAAGUUCAUUUAUUUUGAUGUCUGAAAAUGUAUACAUUGUACAUGUGUAGAUGUAAUUGUGGAUUACAAUUACAUGGAUUCAAUGAGGGAAGACCUGGAUCAAGUGUGAAAUUGCACCUACCAUAUCACAUGUAACCCUCAGCAAUGACAAGAUCUGUUUCAUGAAAAAGACUCAAUAAUACACAAAAUUCUAUGUUAAGGUAUUUUGUAUAAUGAGCAGAAAACAGCUGACAAAAGCUGCUAUAGUAUAUCUGUCUCUGCAGACCCUUAAUAAGAUCUACUGUCUUCACCUGUCUACACUGGUCAGACUAAAGCUAAAGCUUUCUUUAUAGCAUUUGUUUGUUUGAAACAACUUCAUGUUUUUACAUAUUAAGUCAUUUUAAUAGGGGUGUAAUCACUCACAAAAUUACUAUUUACUGUGGUGUCUCGAUACAGUAAAUUUUUUGGUACAGAAAUAAUGAGUUCCUGUAUAUAUCAUAUGCUUUCAUGCGUGUGCAUUAGAGGGGUAACGAUGCACAUGUUUUCUGUUCCUAUAUGAUUUUAAUUCUGAGUAUGUAAAGAUUUGCACUUCAGUGUUCAUUACCACAUUUAUCAUUUGCCAUUUACAUCAUUUACCACAUUGGACAUAGCAUUAGUUUGCACUGUAGCCUAACAUGCUGUCAUCAUGAGAAAGGAUCUGUUCAGAGAUGUAUUUUCUGUAUUUGCUUUUCAACUAUUUUCCAGAAAAUAUACAGUAUACACUAAAUAAAUAUGUAACUGUUCGUUAGACCAGUUUCUUUCAUUCCCAAUUCCACAUUUCAAAGCUAAUGAACAAUGUAUCCCCUGUGUGCCAAGACUAUGUAGGUUUAUGGUGUGAGUACAAAACUGUACAAAACAAGAGUUUUCUGAGAUAACAUAACAGAAAAAUGUAAUAUUUCUCAUGUUGGUGUUAAAAAGUGUCACUGAAAGGUUUUAGAGGUAUUUCUAAACAACUCUGAAAAUCAUGUAUGUCCAGAUGUUAAGGAUGUUAUUUGCUGAUAUUGAUUUUGAUUUUAUUGACUGCAUAUCUGAGGUGUGAGGUGACUGCAUAUCUCUUGUGCUAUUUUGGCCACUGUGACUUUGUUGGCUUUAAAUAAAGUACUUUGUGCUGUUUUUUAUUUGGAAACUUA